AUGGAAUUCAAUGAAGAAGAUGGUCAUUGGCGUGUAACAGUAGAUAUACAUGACGGUGAAAUUCAUUUAUUUCAUCUUUUCAUUUCUUUUCGGUGCAAUGUGUCUGCACUAUAUACAGCAAUUGAUCAUGACUAUUGGUUUCUUCAUUCAUCAAAAGAUCAUGUUUGGAGUUGGGCACCAGAAUGGAAUAAUGAGAAAUACGAAAAAAAGUAUAAAAUUUGGCCUGCAAGAAAAUAUAUUACUGAAUCUAUUCUACCAAACAGCGCACUCAAAGAUGUUAUUGAUGCACGUCAACGAGGCUAUAGAAACAUUACAGAUCUUGUCAAUCAUCAAUCAAAUCAUGAUUAUGACCGAUUAUUAGUCGAUCUUGGUUAA